GCUGAGGCCCAGGGUUCCCUCAUUCAGCUAGCCGAUCUUUCGUCCAAGCAGGAAAGCAGGCGCCACUGUUUCUGGACCCUCAGGACAGCGGUUCAUGACUCCUCAAAGGGAAAGCAGAGGGGCACCAUGGACCCAGUGGUCAUAGAAGAAGGGGCGAGCCCCCAGCUGAAUCUUCUGAGGGCCCAGAUAGCAGCCCUUCAGUCGGAGUACGAUCGCUUACAAGAGCAAGCUGCUAAUGACGAGCCACAUGAAUGCAACAUAGGUAGUUGUCCGCUGCCAGAUUUCCAUAUGAGGGAUGAGGCCAUUCUGGAUUUGACAAGCAGUGCAAAUGAAGGCAGCCGGGAUAUAAUUGAUCUAACGCAAGUGGGGAGAGGAGUGGACGCAGUCAUUGACAAAGACACUUUGAAAGCAAUGCUGAGGAGAGAACAUGAGCUUCGGCACAGUCCAGCCACGCAGAAGAAGUAUGCUGAGGCAGAAAAGAUGGAGGUGACAGACUGGAUGGAUGUGACAAUUGAGCUCCAAAAACAGGUAGUGCGAGAGUUUGGACUGGAAGGAAACAUGGAGUCCGCCUUGCUGCAACUCCGCACCGCAGCCAGGACAUAUCCCGAUGACCCUGACUUCAGGGAGCUCCCUCUCUACGUCAAGUACCAGCGCUCUCGGGCCGGACACCUGAAGCCUGGAGACUCGGUGCCUGACAUCAUGCUGAUGAAGCUGGAUGGAGCUUUGCAGAGACUAAAGGACUUGGCAGCAGGGGCACGGCCACUGGUUCUCCUGGCAGGUUCGAUGACGUGACCCCCGUACCGAGGCUUGGUACCGACCUUCCACUCCCUCUCUCGGGAGUUCGAGGGACGGGCCAAGUUUCUGGGGGUGUACAUAACGGAGGCUCAUGCAGCGGAUGAGUGGCCCAUCAACUCAGGGCGGUUCAACGGUCCUGGAAAUAGCAUUGUCCAACCACAAACCACGGCGGAGCGCAGCCUGUUGGCCCAGCAGUUUGUGGACAAGUUUUCUUUCGCCAUCGAAAUGGUCGUGGACACGCUGCCCGACAACCCGUUCGACACCGAGUUCUCCCCAUGGCCCCUGCGGUUCUAUAUUUUGCACGAAGACCGGGUGGCUUUCAUCGCUCAACCGCGCAACUGUACAUACGACGUGUCUGCACUGCGCAGUGCGCUUCUCAAACUGCUUUAGCCGGACGAGACUUCCAUGUUGGUGACAGGAUACUUGAGACAAGUCAGCAAGACGGAUGCAUACGCUGCGUGUACGUGUAAGUGCUUAGGCUGGUGAUUCAUGUUUACUUCGCUUACUCAUGGGGGCACCCUCUGCAGCUUCUGUGACGGUGCUGCUGCGAAACUGCUCUGCAGGCAUCAGACCCCGAUUAAGCUGUGGUGGCUGGCUUCUUACGAGGUGAAGAGGAAUGCUCAUGCCAUGAAAGUAAUGAGAUUGACUUUCCAAAACUCAAUUUCAUGCGGCUUCCAGUUCCGCUUUAAUCAGAAGACUCA